AACCACUUCCUUUUCACGUGGGGAUUUCAAAAUGACUUCAGAACUUGCAUUAUUGAGUGUCUCUAACAAGAAUGGCCUGGUACCAUUUGCCAAACGCCUGCAUGACCUGGGCCUGAAGCUGAUUGCCUCAGGGGGAACUGCUAAAGCCAUCAGAGAAGCUAAUAUCCCAGUUAGCGAUGUAGCUGAUAUAACAGGAGCUCCAGAGAUGCUUGGGGGAAGAGUGAAGACCCUUCACCCAGCUGUACAUGGUGGGAUUCUAGCCAGGAUGAUUGACUCAGACAAGGCUGACAUGGAGAAGCAAGGGCACCAGUAUAUCAGAGUAGUGGCCUGCAACUUGUACCCAUUUGUUAAGACCAUCUCAGCUAAAGAUGUAAAGGUGGACGAUGCAGUGGAACAGAUAGAUAUUGGUGGUGUGACAUUACUGAGAGCAGCUGCUAAGAAUCAUGCAAGAGUUACAGUGGUUUGUGACCCUAAUGAUUACGACAACAUUUGUGAUGAGAUGGAGAGUUCUGAUGCUAAAGAUACAUCAGUGGACACCAGGAAAACACUAGCAGUUAAGGCAUUCAACCACACAGCUGAGUAUGACGGAGCAAUAUCAGAUUACUUCAGAAGGGAAUACAGUGAGGGUGUGUCCCAGCUCCCUCUGAGGUAUGGCAUGAACCCACACCAGAAGCCUGCCCAGCUCUACACUACCCAACCCAAGCUCCCUGUUACAGUGUUGAAUGGGUCACCUGGGUUCAUCAAUCUAUGUGAUGCCCUGAAUGGCUGGCAGCUUGUUAGAGAACUGAAGCAAGCUCUUGGAUUACCAGCUGCUACAUCAUUCAAGCAUGUUAGCCCUGCAGGUGCUGCUGUAGGCUUCCCCCUCAGUACAGAACAGGCCAAGCUGUGUAUGGUGGAUGACCUGCUAGAGAUCCUCACCCCACAAGCUAUAGCAUAUGCAAGGGCAAGGGGAGCAGAUAGGAUGUCGUCUUUUGGAGAUUUUGUCGCUUUAUCUGAUGAAUGUGAUGUGCCAACAGCGAGGAUUAUAUCCCGUGAGGUGUCAGAUGGAAUCAUAGCCCCAAGUUAUGGUGAAGAAGCAUUGGCAAUUCUUAAGAAGAAGAAGGGAGGAAAAUACUGUGUUCUACAGAUGGACACCAGCUAUGAGCCCCCUGAGAUGGAGACAAGGACAUUAUUUGGUCUAAACAUGCAACAGAAACACAAUGAUGCAGUGAUCAAUCCAGAAAUAUUCACCAAUGUUGUAACAAAGCGAAAUGAGCUACCAGAAUCUGCUCUGAGGGACCUUGUUGUGGCCACCAUUGCUCUGAAGUACACCCAGUCCAACUCUGUGUGUUAUGCUAGAGAUGGUCAGGUGAUUGGCAUCGGGGCAGGUCAGCAGUCAAGGAUUCACUGUGUACGCUUAGCAGGAGAUAAAGCUAACAACUGGUGGUUGAGGCAGCACCCUAAGGUUAAAGCUAUGGAGUUCAAGAAGGGAGUUAAGCGUGCUGAGAUGUCCAAUGUUAUUGAUGUGUAUGUCAAUGGAACAGUGGGUCAGGAUAUGGAUACUGCCACCUGGGAAAGCAUGCUUGAAAACCCUCCUUCCAAACUUACAGAGACUGAGAGAUCUGAAUGGUUGUCCCAACUGAAAGGCGUUGCGCUGAGCUCCGAUGCCUUCUUCCCAUUCCGUGACAACAUUGAUAGGGCCCAACAGAGUGGCGUUGAGUUUAUCGCUUCGCCAGCUGGAUCGACCAAUGAUCAGGCAGUUAUUGAUGCAUGUGAUGAUCACAAGAUUGCAAUGGCCCACACCACUAUUCGUCUUUUCCACCAUUAGCCUUAAUUCAUGGAUAAUAUGAGAUAUGAUUUUUGAUAUUGACACUAGCUAACACUUUUGCCACUUGUUGUAAAACAACAUCUAUAGAUGACACUCCAAUGGAUAUUAAAUAUCACUAAAAGAUGGGAAAUAUUGUUACAAUAUAUAAAAUGUAACCAUGUUCUGUUCAAGAUGUUUCUUUAAGAAUGGAGAAACACUGUUACAUUAUAUUGAGUAAGGUUAGACACGAAUAGUACCAAAGGUCAAUUAUAAGAAACUCACAAAUUAUAUGCAUUGAUUAGGAAUGUGAAAUGAAUCUCUAUUUAGCAGUGAUACUUAUUGCUGUAUGUGUUG